AUGAAUAUUAAUAAAUUCAAUUCUAAUACAGAGAUAAAGAAAUAUGAAAUUAAAAAUAAUUAUAAUGCAUUAAAGACAAACUUUGUUAAUAAUGAUAAAAAUUAUCAUGGUUGUAUCCAUGCUCAUAAUAAUAUAAAUGCUAAAUAUAGCGAAUUUUAUGUUUUUCCCAGUAAUGAUAACGGUAAUAUAUUAAAAUCGUCUAAUGGUGUAUUAUGUGCAAAUACCCCUCAUAAAAACAAUAAUUUAAAAAACAAAACAAGUAUAAAUGAAAUUCAAAUUAACAAACAUAAUUAUAAUAAUAUAAAUAAUGAAAAUGUGACUAAUAAUGUCCCUUAUACAUAUUGUAUGAACAAUACUGUCGGAAUGAAUAAUUCAUACAACACAGAUAACACAAUAAAGAAUAAAUUCAACAGAACAAGUUAUUUAUCAAAUAAUGUAAAUGCUUUGGGCAAUGCUAAUAAAAAUGAAGACGAUGUAUUUUAUAGAAAAAGAGGGUUGGACAUUUUUAGUUGGUCAAAUGAUAUAUUACUCCAAAAAAAUAAUGUAAAAAAACCCAAUUUAUGCAACAAUUCACAAAGUAAUAAUAUAAAUGUUCCAGAAUAUAAAAAAUCAAUACAUAAAGAAAAUUUUGGUGAUUUAAGUAAAGUAUAUAAUAGUAACGAUAUAUCAACUUUAAAAAUUAAUGAAAAUGAUGAAAUACAUAUGGAAUACUCCUAUAAACAUAAUAUAUAUGAAAAAGGAAUGAGUGGAGAAUAUUCCAAUAUGUCUUUGAAUAGUUGUAACAAUGUAAAUCAUAGUACAUUUUUACAUUUGAAGCAAGGCACUAACAAUUCAUAUUAUGGUGUUGAUAUUGAAACAUUUGUCGGUGAAAAAUGUGAUAGUUAUGUAAAUUUUAAUUGCAGUACAAAUGAUUUUAAUACCAACUCUAAAUUAACAAUAUCAAAAUUGAAGGGAAAACAGGAAGAGAUAACACAUAACUGUGCCCAAAAUGGAAAUAUUGGAUAUACCGUUAUAAAAAAUAAUAAUAAUUUAAAUAAAUUUAAACAAUGCAAUAAUUUGGAAGGAAAAAAUAAUAUUUAUGAGUGUGAAAAUGAAUGGAAGCAAGUUUUAAGAUUGAAAAAUGCCAAAAAAAAUAAAAAAUGCUCAAAUAUUUCAAAAACCGAGAAAUGCAAUAUAAAGUCACGCACAAAAAUGGACAGCAAACAACUACAUUUAUGUAAUAUGAUAAAUCAUAUGAACAGUCAGAAAAAUAAUACACAAAAUAAAAAAAUAAUACAAAAGUAUAAUGAACAAGCAAUAAAUAAUAACAUUAAUUUUACUUAUGAUCAUAAAUCCAAUACUAAGGAUAAAAAUAUAAACCCUGAAGUAAACACAUUUGAUUUCGAUUAUUUUGAUAAUUUUCAUUCUUUUUUAAAUGAAAAAGAGGCAACUAUUAAAUUGGACACAAAACUAAUAAGUGAAAACAAUUUACAAAGUGAAAAAAAUGGACAAAUAUCCAACUACAAUAGCUCUAUUAGUAUUUAUCACAAUAAUAGCAAUAAUAAUAAUAAUCGUGUGUGUAAUAUUUACCAUAAUGAAAAUGCUAUGAAAAAAUGUGUGCAAAUUUCUAAUAAAAGUAAUAUGGAAACUAGCGAACAAAUAUAUAAUUGUAAUGGUCAUCAAAUUUGUAAAAACUAUAACGUAAUGCAUUUAAAUGAAUAUACAACAUCGAACGAUGAACAAAAUAUAAUUUUAAAUGAAAAUAUGAGUUAUGAUAACAAAAAUUUUGCUUUUAAAAAAAAACCCAUAAAUGAGCAACAUACUUAUAAUAAACAUGACUUUUACAUGAACAGUAAUAAUUUUAGGGAUAUUUCAAAAAAUAUAUAUAUAACCCCGCAAAAAAAUACAGUUUGUUGCCCAAAAGACCUACAAAAUAAUAUAUUAAUAAAAAACCCAAUUUCCAAAAGUAACGAUACAUAUAAUAUUAAAAACAACAUACACAAAAAUAUUUAUUCUACAAAAAAUGUAUAUAACGAUGAAAAAGAUGUAGCUUCAAUGAAUAUAUUAAAAAAAGUAGCGUCAUUUGAGAAAAGGCCAUCAAAUAAUAUUGUUAAUAAUGAUUACAUGAAUAAAAAUGUAACGGUUGGUUUUCAAAACUAUAAAGGAAUUGAACAUAACUCAAAUAAUGAAAUUGCAAAAAAAAACCUCAACAAUAAUUUUAUAUCAUCUUUAGAAAAACAUAACCAUUUAAAAAGUGAUGUUAAUAAAAUAAAAUAUAAUAUAGGGGAAUUUAGAAAUAACAAUGCAGAAGAAUUAUCUCUCAAUAUUUCAGAAAAUUGUUUACAAAAUAAUUAUAAUAAAAUGGGGGGUAUGCAACUUAAUUUAGAACAAAGUGAAGUUAACAAUGUUGAAAAGGGUAGGCACGGCGAAAUGCGCGAAUUGUUAGAAAUGUAUGAUAAAAACCAAAAUAUGAAUAUGCAGAAAGAGAAUGAAAUGGAUGAGUUUUUAGAAAUAUACAAUCAAAACAAGAAUAUGGUUAUGCCAAAAGAUAACGAAGUAGACGAAUUUUUAGAUAUAUAUGACCAAACUAGAAAUAUGAAUAUUUCAAAUGAAAAUAAUAUUGAUGAAUUUUUAGAAAUAUAUGAUAAAAAAGGCGGUUUAAAUAGAUAUACAGAAAGUAAAAUGAACGAAUUUCUAGAUAUUCAUGGCAUGAUUCGAAGUAUAGAGGAAGCUGAACAAAUCGAUAAAGAAAGAAAAAUUUUAGAGAAUCAUAAUAAAAUAAUUGAUCUUCAUGAAAGCCUAAGUAUAAACAAUUUAUCAAGUACAUAUGAUAAUAUUAAAGAUAUAGGAGAAAACAAAGAUCAAUCAUCAUGCAAACAUAAAAAUAAUAUUGAAGAUUUAAAUAAAAAUGAGUUAUUGGAAUAUUGGGGAGAUUAUCAUUACGAUAAUGUUAAAAAAGACACACCAAAACAUAAUAAUUCUUUUACUUAUGCAUCUGGAAAAGAGGUUAAAAUAAAUAAAGACAUUUUAAAAGAAAUGAGAAGUAAACUAUUUAGCGAUGACGAGCAUGAUAGCAAUAAGGGUGAAAAUAAAGCCAUGAAUGAAAGUAAAGGAUUCAGUGGUUUUACCUAUGCAUCUGGAAAGGAAGUUAAAAUAAAUGAAGACGUUUUAAAAGAAAUGAGGAGUAAGCUAUUUAGCGAUGAUGAGCAUGAUAGCAAUAAGGGUGAAAAUAAAACCAUGAAUGAAAGUAAAGGAUUUAGUGGUUUUACCUAUGCAUCUGGAAAGGAGGUUAAAAUAAAUGAAGACGUUUUAAAAGAAAUGAGGAGUAAGCUAUUUAGCGAUGAUGAGCAUGAUAGCAAUAAGGGUGAAAAUAAAACCAUGAAUGAAAGUAAAGGAUUUAGUGGUUUUACCUAUGCAUCUGGAAAGGAAGUUAAGAUAAAUGAAGAUGUUUUAAAAGAAAUGAGAAAUAAGUUAUUUAGCGAUGAUGAGCAUGAUAGCAAUAAGGGUGAAAAUAAAACCAUGAAUGAAAGUAAAGGAUUUAGUGGUUUUACCUAUGCAUCUGGAAAGGAAGUUAAGAUAAACGAAGACGUUUUAAAAGAAAUGAGAAGUAAGCUAUUUAGCGACGACGAACAAGGCAGUAAUAAAAAUGAAAAUAAUGGAUUUACUGGCUUUAGUUACGCAUCUGGAAAAGAAGUCAAAAUAAAUAAAGACAUUUUAAAAGAAAUGAAAAAUAAAAUAUUUAAUGAUGAUGAAUAUGAUAAUUAUGCAGACGAAAUGAAAAAUGAAGAAACUGAUAUAAAAAAACAAAACACAUUAUUAGAAGAAAGAUCAUCACCUGGAAAUAGUUUAGAAAAUGAAUCACAUGAAAAAGGAAAAAAAGAGUUAAAAGAAGUAAAAAAAAACAAAUCAACUAAUAAUAAAAAAGGAAUACGUGGGAAAAGGAUGAAAACAAAAAGUGAAGAAAAAACAUCUUGUAAUGAAUCAUAUUUUCCUCAAAAAAAAAAAAAAAGUAAAAGUAAUAAUAAUAGAACAAAUAAAGAUUUAGAAUCAAAUAAAAAUAGUAAUGACGAAAUGGAUAAGGAAAAAAUGCUUGUGGAAAUAACACCAUAUAAAUCCGAAGGGGUUAAUGAUACUAUGAAAAAAAGUAAAGAUAAAAAUUAUAUAUGUUCAAGUGAUUAUGAUAUGCCCCAAAUUAAAGGUACGCCCAAAAAAAUGAGUUCCAAUUUAAAAGGUAAAAAUAAUUUUAUUAAUCCAAGAAAGCAAAAUGUAAAUAAUGAAAUCGAAGAAAAACAAACACUACAAAAUAUUAGUAAUAAUAAUAAUAAAGACAAAUUAAAACUUGAUUUAAACAUAAAUUUGAAAGAUAGUCUGGGAAUAAUAAAAAAGACACUAACCAAUUUAUCAGAAAAAAGAAGAAUAAAAGAUACUAACUUUUUUACAAAUUUUCUUAUAUUUAUAAAUGAAGAAAAUAAAAAAAAACCUUAUGAAUUUAAUUGGUUUAACAAUGAUUACAUAUAUUUUCUAAAAAAUGCAAAUAAAAAAGAAUAUUAUGUAUCUAAUAUUAAUGUAAUGUAUGAAUUGUUCAUAUUAAUAACAAAAGAAUUGAACAUAUUUUAUAUAUAUGAUUUCCCAUGGUUUUUAAAAAAAUAUAAUUUAAUAACCAUGUCAUUAGUUCGUAAAUAUAAAAAGGAGUUAAAAGAAAAAUAUAAAUGUUUAAAAUAUAUGAUAACUAUGUUUAAAAGCCCUAGAAGUGAUUUUAAUAAAUUUGUAGAUAAUAAAGAGUAUUUGGAUCCAACUUUUCAUGAUUCCGUUAAUGAUCGAAAUGAAAUUUUAGAAAACAAAGCAGAAGGUAUAAAUAGUAUAAUUAUAAAAACUGAAAAAGAACAAAAUGUAAUAUCUAAUAAAUUCGAAAAAGGAAAUGACAACCAUCUAUUAGGUAAAUUACGUAAUAAUUAUGCUCAUAUACCAAAUUCCAAUUUAAUGGGGAACAUUAAUUAUUACGAUGACAAUGCUUAUUAUACAACUCUGUAUAAAAAGCAAGCAAAUAUUUUCAAAAAUAAUAUUAUACGUAUUAAUAAUGAGAAUAAGGCUAUAAAUAUGAACACAUGCUCUGAAAAUAAAACAUUUUAUAAUAAUGAUUUUUUUGAAGAAUGCAAUAUUAAUCAGUCAUAUAAGUAUGAAACUUAUACGAAUAAAUACACUAGUAAUAUUGAUUGUAUAAUUCCUUAUAAUUCCAUAAAUUUGGAUAUAACCAUGAUAAAUUGUAUAGACCAAGUACCGCCACCUUCACCCAUUGAGUUUAUAUAUAAGUUAUUGAAAAGGUACAUAGAAGAACAGAAAAAUAAAAAGAGUGUUUUACAACUAAUACAAGAAAACGCAGUUUCAUAUAAAGUGCCAAUGAAUUUACGAGUUGAAAAAAUUAUUAAAAAAGAGGAAAAGUACAUAAUAAUUUUAAGUGAUAAUUUUGAUUAUAUUUAUUGCAUAAUAAAGGAUACACAUUUAGUGGAUCUAUUAAUAUGUAGUAAAAUUAAAGAGGGUUAUAUUUUAAAAAUUAAUUCUUUAGAUAUAAAUAAUGAUAAUAAUGUUAUUCCCCAUGAAGAAAACUCUAAUAGUUAUUCGAGGGGAAUAACCUUUAGUUUAUCGAGUAAUAAUUUAAUAUGUAUAGACAAGGAAAAUAAAUUGAAAAUUGGAUUAUCAAAAUAUAAAGCUAAAAGAAUACGAAAUAUUAAAGAUUUUGAAAAUGGCUGUUUUUUUAUAGAUGUAGUAAUUAUAAGUAAAAGUGAUUUUUCAUAUGGAUUUUAUGAUCAAGCAAAAAAACAAUAUUAUAUUUUAAACAGUGAAAUUUAUGAAAAAACUGUGUAUGAUUUAAAAAAUGAAAUAACAAAACUUAUGCAUGAUGAAAAUUUUCAUGAAAAUAGUAAAUAUAUCAAAUUAAAAAAUGAUUUAUAUAUGUUUCUCGAGGCAACAACUUUAUGUACAAUUCAGGCUAUUGAUUUUGCUUCUUCAGAAAAAAUAAAAGAAACAGAUUUAUUGGAUGAUAAAUUGGAGAAAAUCAUAAAUUCCUUAUGCCAAAUUAAGCUUAUUAAAAUUGAUAAAGAAACUUAUGAAAAUAUGAGAAAAGGAAGUAGAGUUCAACUUUUUAACACUUACAUUCAAAAAUCGAAUAGAAACAAUAAAUUUGUGGCAUCAUUAGAGGAUCAUGUUUUAGAUGAAUUAAUAUAUUCUUCAGCUAAAAAACAAGGAGAUUAUAGUAACAUUAAAUGGUUAGGAAACUAUGAUUUAUUUAAAUUGCAUUUUUUAAAAGAAGAUAUUGAUAAGAGUAAUCCCCAUUAUUAUAAUGAAUAUGACAACUAUUUAAAACUUUUCAAAAGCUAUGAUUUAAAAAAUAAAUCUUAUACACCUAUUGUAUUUCAAGCUACAAGUUCAACAUAUAUAAAUGUUGAUACAAAACAUAAAAGUCAAUUGAUUGAUGAGCUUCACAAUAUAUUAACUAUAAGUAAUGAAGAAAAUAUUGAUGACAAUAAAAUAACCAAGUUAGACAAUGAACAUAAAGAAGAAAACGAAAGUGACGAAAAAAAGUUAAACAAAAUAUACCCAUCUUUUAUUUAUACAAAUAUAUUUAAAAUUCCAAUUUUGUCAAAAAUACAUAUGAACAUUCUUAAAAUGUAUACAAAUUUAAAUGAAAAUUAUAAAAAUGUAUAUUUUGAUUUAAUCCCUGGAAAUUUAUAUAAUGUAUCUGGGAUGGUUAUUCAUUAUACUGAUAUAGAAAUUAAGGAAUUGAUAGAUUACAAAUGCCCCGAAUAUACAAAAAAUAUGAUGUGGUAUAAAAUCUUUUUACUAACAUCAAAUGGAUAUUUAUGCUGCAUAAAUAUUUCAAUGUUGGCUCCAAAUUUUUUAAUCUCAUCGUAUAAAAAAGAUUUUGGAUGUAAAGAAAGAGAAAUAAUCAAGAGAAUGAUUCAUGUUGAGCAUUGUAUGAACAAAAAAGAAAAUAAAAAUAGCCAAGUUCGAAAUUGUGAUAAUGAAGAUAGCCAUGCUAGUAGUAAUGAAAAUAUGAGUACAAGCAAAAAUGAUAAAUAUAAUAAUUUAUUUAAUUAUUUAUACAAAUGUGAACGAAAAAAUACAAAUGAAAAUAUACAAAAAGAAAGCAUAAAUUUAAAUGAUUUAGACAUUUUUAUAUAUUUUACCGAUCUUGAAUUUAUAAAUUAUGACCAAAAGCAUGAUAUAUUUAACUUCCGAUCCUAUUAUCACCCGAAUUUUAAAUCCCUAAGAACAUACCCAAAAGAAUUCGAACAUAUCAAAUGGAGCAUUACACGUCUGGUUAAUGAAAAUUAUAUUACAUAUGAAAAAAAUAAACUUGUAUUAAAAUUAAGAGACGAUUUUCAAAUAAAAGUUGAUAAAGAAAAUUUUCAAUAUAUAUAUUUAUGGUACUCUCUAAUUUAUUCAAAAUGUAAAUCUAUUGAAUUAACCGGAGACAUCUCUAAAAAUACAAUUUUAUCGAAAUUUUUAAAAAAUAUGUGCAACUUAUAUGAUAUCGUUAAGUAG